GCGCCCCCGCCGGCGACCCUGUUCCGGCGUACAGUCCUCCGGAUCCGCCUGCGCCCCGCAUCCUCCCGCCCGCCGCCGGCUUGCUCGCAGGAACGAAGAUGGACUGGUUUGACUUUUCCCCGGGUCCCCCCGGACUUGCACAGCAGGUUUUAUAGAAGUCUCACGCCGAGUGUGUUCAAGGGCCCCUUUCCCCCACUUCCUCUGCUGCGGUUUGGUGUGUCUUGGCUUUCACGGGUCACUGGCAAGGUCGGGCUCGCGUUUGGGGGCGCGGGACUAACCGACAAGCCCAGGGAAAACUGGCGGGAGUGGCCCGUGAUGUCAGCCGGAGCGCUUGUGGGCCACACGUGACAAGAAGACAGUCACUGGACAACAGUAAUUAAGUGUCACUGGUGACACACCUCAGUUAAAAGGCAGAGGCACCAAAGGCCUCUUCCCUCUGGUGGGGGAGACGGCCGGGUAUCACCUGGCACAGGUGUGUGGUUGUGACCGGUUUGGCCGCCCUUCCUGGAGAGUGGACAGAGUGUGAGGAUCAUUUAACUCCAGCUGGACCUAAAUGUUUGGAAGGCACACAGGGUGAAGCGGCAGCAUGGACUGGGGCACUCUGCACACGUUCGUCGGGGGCGUGAACAAGCACUCCACCAGCAUCGGGAAGGUGUGGGUCACCGUCCUCUUUGUCUUCCGAGUCAUGAUCCUGGUGGUGGCCGCCCAGGAGGUCUGGGGGGACGAGCAGGAGGACUUUGUGUGCAACACCCUGCAGCCCGGGUGCAGGAACGUGUGCUACGACCACUUCUUCCCUGUCUCGCACAUCCGGCUCUGGGCGCUGCAGCUCAUCUUCGUGUCCACGCCUGCCCUGCUGGUGGCCAUGCACGUGGCCUACUACAGGCAUGAGGCUGCCCGGCGGUUCAGGCGGGGCGAGACGAGGAGUGAGUUCAAGGACCUGGAGGACAUCAAGCGGCAGAAGGUCCGGAUCGAGGGCUCGCUGUGGUGGACCUACACCAGCAGCAUCUUCUUCCGCAUCGUCUUCGAGGCUGCCUUCAUGUAUGUCUUCUACUUCCUGUACAAUGGGUACCACCUGCCCUGGGUGCUGAAGUGUGGCAUUCAGCCCUGCCCCAACCUGGUGGACUGCUUCAUCUCCCGGCCCACCGAGAAGACGGUCUUCACCAUCUUCAUGAUCUCCGCAUCCGUCAUCUGCAUGCUGCUCAACGUGGCCGAGCUGUGCUACCUCCUGCUCAAGGUGUGUUUCAGGAGGUCCAAGCGAGCGCAGAUGCAGAAAGCACCCCCCAACCACGCCCUCAAGGAGAGUAAACAGAACGAGAUGAACGAGCUGAUUUCCGAGGGCGGGCAGAACGCCAUCACCGGGUUUCCCAGUUAAACAGUGGAAGGCACCACAUAGCUGGCUUUCCUAAUUCAUAGACACCUGAGUUAACUUCCUGUAGAAUAACCGGGACGGGACCAUGUGGUCCGUUCUUGACAACCGGGCCAUGGUGUGACUUUACGUGUGGGUUUCAAUGGACAGUCUGACAUGGGGGUAUUUCCUGAAAACUUAAGGACAUAACUGAUGUCGAUAAAGGACAUUCAUUUAGAAAUUGAUACUUUUAUUAGGAGAAGAUAUUUUUAUAGGAUUGAAUG